AUGGUUGCACACCAGCCCGACAUGACUGCUACUCAACCGGGCCUCCCCGUCCUCGCUCAGCCCGUCGUCGACAGCUCGCUCGUCUCGCCUCCGCCCGCUGCUCCGCCCGCCGAGUCGUCAACGACCGCCCGCAAACAGUCCAUCCCGUCCUCAAGAUCGAGUCACUCGGGAGAGACGUUGGCAGAACGGGACGCUGUUGACCUCGAGAAGGGCGAGAACAAGGAGGACAGGGCUUUCAACGAUCAGGAGGAUGAGGUCGAUGCGCCUCCCAAGCCGGACCCCGCAACGGCAGCGAAGGGCAAGGAGGAUCCCGCUGGCGGCGACCCUUUCCUCGUAACGCUCAAGGGGCGCGAACACCUGAGUCCUCAUACCUGGAGCGUGUGGUACCGCUGGGCGUUGACGGCCCUCGCCGGUUUCCUCGUCUUGAACGCAACCUUCGCAUCGUCUGCGCCGUCGAACCUGAUUCCGUCCAUCAUCGGCCACUUCCACGUCUCGCAAGAAGUCGGCGUUCUCCUCAUCGCCAUCUUCGUCGCCGGAUACUGUGUGGGACCACUGUUUUGGGGCCCUCUCUCUGAGCGCUACGGCCGUCGCCUCGUCUUCUUGGUCGUCUGGCCGCCCUACAUCGGCUUCCAGAUCGGCUGCGCCCUUGCACCCAACAUCGGCUCGCUCAUCGUCUUCCGUUUCCUCGGCGGCUGCUUCGCCGCGUCGCCCCUUACCAACUCUGGCGGUGUCAUCGCCGAUCUCUGGGAUGCGGAACGUCGCGGGGACGCCAUGGCGAUCUUUGCGCUGAUGCCCUUCGCCGGUCCCGCCCUGGCGCCCAUCAUCUCCGGUUUCAUGCAAGUCACCAGCACCAAUUGGCGCUGGAUCUUCUGGGUCCUCACCGCAUUCGCCGGACUCUGCGGCAUCCUCCUCGUCGCUUUCCUGCCGGAAACCUACGUUCCCGUCAUCCUCCAAGCCGAGGCCAGGCGCCUUCGCAAGGAGACGGGCGACUCGCGCUACCACGCCGAGCUCGACAUUAAGAAGGAGGGCGGUAUCAAGGCGACUCUCCAGCGUACCGUUCUCAAGCCAUUCGUUAUGGCCGCGCAGGAGCCGAUGCUCCUCAUCAUCACUAUCUACAUGUCACUCGUUUACGGUGUCGUCUACCUGCUCUUCGAAGCCAUCCCCAUCGUCUUCGAGGGCAAGCACGGCUUGAACGGCGGCGAGUCCGGACUCGUCUUCCUCGCCCUCCUGACCGGCGGUGUCAUCGGCGUCUGCGGCUACAUCUUCUACUUCAACCCGCAAUACAUGAAGAAGCACCGCGCCCUCCGCCCCAAGAUGGUCCCGCCCGAAGAGCGUCUCAAGCCCAUGGUGAUCGCCUCGCCCCUCUUCGCCGUCGCCUUCUUCUGGUUCGGCUGGACCGGCGCCUACCCGCACAUCUCGAUCUGGUCGCCUAUCCUCGCCAUUGUCAUGCUCGGCACGACCAUUCUCUACGUCUUCCUUACCGGUUUCAACUAUUUGAUUGACACCUAUCUCUGGAACGCAGCCUCCGCCCUUUCUUUUAACACUGUGGUGCGCUCCGGCUUUGGCGCAGGAUUCCCGCUCUUUGCGACGCAAAUGUACAACAAGCUCGGCAUUCAAGGUGCUUCUUCACUACUAGGUGGCCUCGCCAUUCUUUUCAUACCGGCACCAUUUCUCCUCAUCAAGUACGGCAAGAGGAUUCGGUCGCUGUCGAAGAAUGCUGCCGUACUCGAUUGA